AUGAGUUGGGAUCAACAGGCAUACAGCUUUGGGAACCCAAACGCUCAACCACCUACACCCACACAAACCCCAACGUCUGGCCAAUUCCCAAGUCCAACCGCUUUUCAGACUCCAAGGAAUAGCUCGAAUUCUGAGCUCAGAGGUGGAUGGACUCCAACAUUUGCCGAAGAAUACUCUGUCUUCAACGCCACUCCAGGCCGGUUGACAAGUGCUCCACCACACUUCGUCGAAACGUCUACCCCGAGACCGUCCACCGCUUCCCUUCAGAACCGGGCUCUUUCACAAGGAGAUUUUGCUGCUGAACUUGCAACCCACGUCCAUCAUCUAUCACCAAACCCCAAUCUCUCAUUGCCACCCGUCGGACCCCCGAACCAGCUCCCUUCAUCACCAGGCCCAUACUCUGCUACGCAAAGCCAUUUCGAUGACAUUACCAAUAACCAAGUGACACCAAGAAAACCUAGGAAACGCCUGGAGGACGCCUUCAGCGGACAGACUGCGACACCCCCAGCAACAAGGCCCAAAGGAUCGAGGAAAUUGGCCCCGAAACUGGACACGGAUACAAUGCAGAAUGAGUCGCAAGACAGCCACUAUGGCGCCUCGCAAACCCCGACCCACCAGCAAAGCCUAAUGUCGUUCCCCUCAAGCUCAUCGGAGUUCUUCUACCCGAUGUCGGCCCCAGCAACAGCUCCAGUGUUUACCAGCACGAGGCCGUUUUGGGAGCCAGAUGCCAGCAUGGGCGGCAUGGACCUCGAUUUCAGUCCCGAGGAUUCUUCAAUGUUUAACGCUCCUUCACACAGAAUGAGCAACUCCUUUGACUGGGGAAGAAGCAACCAGAUCUUCCAAGAGACGAUGAAUGUGCCGACCUCCAAAUCAAACGUUGCAGCCAAAGGUGAACUAAGCACAAUCAAGCGACAACGCCCUUUAGCCCCAAAACUGCCAGCAUCAGCGACAGAACUUCUACCGUCGACAAUGGCUCCUUUUGACUUCAGCAACGUGUCGGCUUCAGAGGACCCGUUUUCUCCUUCUGCUCUUGGGGGUGUUGAUCCAGGUCUGCUAUUUGGUCGCCACAACCCAAUUCCUAUGCCUUCCGAGUUCCAAGAUGUUCCGUUACCUCCUGCGCGUCCCGUUACAAGCCAUUUGGAAUUCAAACCAUAUCAACACCAGUUUCGGGAGUCAAUGCGAGAUCAGGAGGAGAUGUGUUGGUCUCGCGGUCCGAGAGAAAGUAGCAGACCGCGCCGAUUCGAGCUAGGAACAGCGAGCUCACCUGUAAAAGGCUCCGCACGGCCAGGUUUACAACGGAGUAUAAGUGAUAGCCGAGGGAGGCGACCCCAAGACCGACUUUUGUCUCGUACCAGCACAGGCAGAAUGUCACCAAUUAAGCAUCAGCGCUCGAGCAACCUCAUGUCUAUACCUGAGGCGGAACGGCUCCGAACCCGAACGGAGGUGAAGUUCACUAUAGACGCCAGCGGAAGAGCUAAGACGGAGACCAUACUUGUGGCAGACGAUCUUCAGACAGGGCGUGGAGGUCCGUCGGUCCGCAGCGAAGAAUGGGAGUCUUCUCAGUAUGACGAGUCUUCUUCCGAUGAUGAGCCAAUUCUAGUUCCAAGCCGAGAUACAUCGUUUUCUCUGCCACAACAACAGCCACCAAAAAUUGGGAAAUUUGACGCCUCUAGUCGAGCCCAUGGUGUACAGCGACGCAGCUCUGCUGGAUACAGUCAAUCUGAAUCUUCAAGUCAGAGAUCGGUUCGGCGUGAUAGUUUGGGAAGCGAGGCGGAAACCGUUAUCAACGAGGAUAACCGUUCAGGCGAUGCAGCACAAGCCUUACGCAAAGUCAUGAAGUCUCGUAAGAAGGGUCAAGUCAAGCCAAGGAAUCCACAGCAGAAUCGCUAUUCCGACUCCGCCCCCCGUCGCAACUCGCAAUACGGCAGUUACAGCUCAUCCACCAACAUGUCACCGACUACAAUCACCGAUCCUGAUGGAGGAGCGACACCAUCGAGUACGAGAAGUGGCACAACUCGAUGCGUGUGUGGAAAUUCCGACAGCGAAGGCUUGAUGAUUCUCUGUGAAUCUUGCGACAAUUGGCUCCAUGCUGAUUGCGUGGGCGUUGACCAUAGAAGUCUUCCCCCGGUCUAUGUAUGUGCCUUCUGUGCUCAGACUCCAAAUCUUCGUGGCGGCCGGAUUCGCGAGCCAGCCAAAGGAGUCUCGAGGGUGGGCUUGUCUCCUUUAGCACACAAGUCUUUCAAGUCAUUCCGAUGA